AUGUUUUUGACUGGUAUCGUCGCUGGUGUAGGUGGUGUCCUCUACAAAACCAGCGGCUAUGAACAUGCCUUCUCUCUUGAUGAUCCUCAAAUAUCCUACCCCUUGGUUACAAACACCAUCUCCGUCGUCAUUGUCGCUAUAGUUGCUGGUGGGGUACCUGCUGUCCUGAUGUUGGUGCUUUCUUUGCUCAUUCCUUCAUCUGCGCUUGAGGUUACAGGAGAAGGUGGCUCCAGGAGCUUAUGGAGUCGUCGACUUUGGGAGUGGCAUGCAGGAUGGCUGGGCCUUGGUCUUAGCCUGGCAGGGGCCUUUUUCAUCACUUCUGGCCUGAAGGACGUAGUGGGAAAACCUCGUCCUGACUUUCUCGCCCGUUGUGAUCCUGACCUCUCCAACAUCGCACCCUACGUGGUCGGUGGUCUUGGUCUAACCGAGUCCUCGGCACCCGUCAUGGUCAAUGUCGGUAUAUGCCAAAAUACCGAUCUCAGUGUUCUUAAAGAUGGAUUUGCAGCCUUUCCCUCUGGUCAUUCUUCUUUUUCCUGGGCCGGAUUGCUCUACCUAUCCCUUUGGCUUAGCGCGAAGUUUGCCGUCACAUUCCCUGCUCCAGUUCCCAUCUCGAUCUCACGAAGACAAGACAGAGGUGCCGACCUAGACCAGAGCUCCGACAAGGUGAUCCCCUUCCGGUCCUCGGCAGCCGCUUCGCCUCUCUAUCUCGUUCUUCUUAUUCUCACACCGGUGGCAGUGGCGCUAUUCAUUUGUGCAACUCGAUAUGCCGAUUACAUGCAUGCGGGCUGGGACAUACUAGCCGGUAGUCUUAUUGGUGCGUUCUUUGCCUGGUUUGGCUUUCGAUGGUACCAUGUUGCAUCCCCAGGUGGAGAAUCCUCCGAAUAUGGUGCAUGGGCAUGGGCACCUAGAUCAACAUGGGGGGCGUUUGGGGUUCCAUUUGGUAGCUCCGGGUUUGCCAGUAACGAGGACCGUCCCUUCAGAGAACCCAUAAGGGAUGCAAGAGGCUACGAGGACCUGGAGCUGAGACCUGUACGUUGA